CCCCACAUGGUGAUGUACGGACUGAUAAUCCUGUUGGCACAUAUCCAUAUCGCCGUCUCCUUGAAAUGUUACACUUAUUCAUCAGAACAUAUGCUAUCUAGAAAGACUCUACAAAACGCUCCGUACUGCACUUUUACAAUGACCAGUCGGUGCCGUUCAGGAAGCUAUGCUGAGGGUGCCCCAUGGAGUUUGAAAAGGAUGAAGGACGGCUGCAAAAUUUUACGCGAGAAGGUGUUUUCAUGUACGUGUUCAUCCAAGGACUACUGUUCAAGCGAUCGCAAGCUUAUAAUGGAUAUUUGGAAAAAAUCUCCCCAAUAUCAAGAAAAGAGUAUAUUUACAUCAUGCUUGAAAAGUCUUGCAGAGGUCCAAACGAAGAACAAAACAGAUAGUUCUAGAAGUAAAUUUCAGCAUGACGAAGACGAUGACACCGGUAUGUUUGACUAUGAUUUUUCCAAAAGCAGAAAGAAGAAAAAGUGCACAUUCAAUAAAAUACAGAACUAUUUCACCGUGCUGUUUGUGACAAUCAACGCCGCACAGCUAUGAAACUUUUCUGUAAAAUCAAUUAAGUAUACAUAUGUUUUCCGCAAAAUCCUAAAUUCCUGCUUGUCUAUUGUUAGAGUUUGAACGAGAAAGCCCUCAUAAGGUAUCCACGUACAGCUAGAUAAAAAUUUGAUUGUGUUCUGGUGUUUAGCUCUGAU